AUGGGCUGGUACUAUUCUCAAUUAUUUAUCCGCCCUCCUUACCCAGCCCAGUCCUUCGCGGGUCAAACAAUCAUUGUGACCGGAUCCAAUGUCGGAUUAGGGUACGAGGCCGCUCGUCACUUUGUCCGGCUCAAAGCGUCCAAGGUUAUCCUGGCUGUUCGCAACAUUCAAGCUGGGAAUGCGGCCAAGCGGUCAAUCGAGGCCAGCGAGGGGAGGCCAAACGUGUGUGAAGUAUGGGCGUUAGAUCUUGCAUCGUAUGCGUCGGUCAAGAGCUUCGGAGCUCAAGCUUCGAAGCUCGACCGACUAGAUGUGGUGGUAGAAAAUGCUGCGAUCGCGACCCCUUCCUUCCGAUUAGUGGAGAACCACGAGAGUCAUAUCACCGUCAACGUGAUCAGCACUGUACUCUUAGCUCUUCUACUGAUCCCGAAGCUACUACAGACCGGCAAAGCUUUCCCUACGGCGAAGCCCCAUCUGAGUAUUGUCACCAGCGAGGUACAUGGCUGGACCAGCUUUGCCGAGUCGCGAACAAAGAAUAUCUUCGCCGCCCUAGAUGAUCCCGCCCAGACCAACAUGGCCGAACGCUACGGCACUUCGAAGUUGUUGGAAGUGCUGGUGGUGCGGGAGCUGGCGCCUCGUCUGGCUCAAUCCGGACUGAUCCUCAACAUGCUGAAUCCAGGGCUGUGCCACUCAGCUCUGGCUCGGGACUCAGGCUGGGAUCUGUGGUUCCUGAAGCUCGUGUUCGCUCGGUCUACAGAGGUGGGCAGCCGAAGUCUGGUGGCGGCUGCUGCUGAUGGGCCAGAGAGUCACGGAGGGUACCUGUCGGACGGUAAAUUGGCCAAUGAAGCGCUGUCUCCAUUCGUGAUCAGUGCUGAAGGAUUUCAGGUGCAGAAAAGGGUAUGGGAGGAAUUGGGCGCAAUUCUAGAGGAGAUCCACCCUGGAGUGCUUCGAGUGGUGGAGUGA